GGCGUAUCUACCUAUUGCUGAAUCAUCGUGACUAGCCAUAACGAAUGCCUAUAAGCAUACCGAUCACAAGAGAUAGUCGGAAUCCCAGUCGCGUUGUAGGAGUUGCCGAGACUCCAUGUAUCGUGCGGCAAAAGUUGGAGUAUACCAAGAUAGAUAAGUUCUCGUGCGAACUUUUAAUUAGACAAGCUUCCCGGCAGUCGUCCAAGAAAACACGAUGGCGUACCACUCAAUUGGGCCGGUCGAAGUGCUCGGGGCAAUUGUUCUUUUGUGCAUUGGGAUUUGGUAUUACCUUAGCUCAACGUACGGCUAUUGGAAACGACAAGGGAUCCCGGGGCCAGAGCCCAAGUUGCUCUUUGGAAAUUUCAAGGACAUCGUGCUCGGGAAAGCGUUCAUCGGAGACGGAUUGCAGCAGAUCUGUAAAGAGUAUCCCGGUGCGCCUAUGAUCGGUGUUUACGAAAUGCGAAGACCUCUUCUGAUAUUGUGCGAUCUCGAUCUCCUUCAGGAUGUAUUGAUAAAAGAUUUUUCUAACUUUUCCGAGAGAGGUGAUGUGAUACACGAGAAAAAGGAACCGCUUACCGCCCACCUGGUCACAUUGGAAACUAAAAGAUGGCGAUUUUUCCGCCCUAGGUUGUCGCCAAUUUUCACUGCCGGGAAAAUGAGGAAAAUGUUCUCUUUGAUUCAAGAGUGUGCCGAUCACUUCGAGAAGUAUUUGCACGUAUUGGUGGACAGGGGUGAGCCGAUAGACUGUCGGGAAUUAAGCGCGAAAUUUACCACAGACGUAAUCGGUAGCUGUGCGUUCGGACUCAAUUUCAAUGCGAUCGCAGACGACGACAGUGAGUUCAGAAAAAUAGGGAGAAAAUUGUUCACGAUCGAUCGCAAGCGAAAAUUCCUGUUAUCGAUCAGAUCGGCGGCACCGUGGCUUUACAAAUUGCUGGGAAUAUCCGCAUCCAUCCCUGGAGUGACCGAAUUUUUUAUUCGAACCGUCACCGAAAUGCUCGAAUAUCGAACCAAAAACAACGUACAAAGAGGGGAUCUCAUCGACACGUUGAAUGAAAUUAAACAAGAACAAAGCAAAAUUGAUUUCGAGCUCACCGAUGGCCUCAUCACCGCUCAAGCCUUCGUGUUUUUCGUCGCCGGUUUUGAAACUUCUUCGAGUACGAUCAGCGCCGCAUUGUACGAGUUGGCCCAGCACCAGGAUGUUCAGGAUAAAGUACGGCAGGAGAUACUGGAUUCGUCGGACGAAAAUAAUGGAGAGGUCACCUACGAAAGCGUCAAGGAAAUGAAGUACUUGCACAUGGUGUUCCAAGAAACACUGCGACUCAGAUGCCCGGUUUCCGCUACGGCGAGAGCGGCGAUGAACGAUUACACUUUCAGAGGCACGAAUGUCACGAUUCGGAAAGGCCAGAAGGUCCUAAUACCGAUUUCUCUGGUCCAUAUGGACCCGGAGAAUUAUCCAAAUCCGGAUAUCUUUGAUCCCGAGAGGUUCACGGAGGAAAAUAUCAAGUCCAGGCAUCCGAUGUCGUGGCUGGCUUUUGGCGAUGGUCCCAGAAAUUGCAUCGGAGCACGGUUCGCCGUCUACCAAACGAAGCUUGGCCUGAUAAAAAUAUUGUCCAACUUCAAAGUCGAGACUUGCGAAAAGACUCAGAUUCCGUUCGUAGCCAACCCCACCAAGACGCUCCUCGAACCUCUCGGUGGGAUUCUUCUAAAAUUCACCAAACUCGAUAAAAUGUAGUGGAAAAAUAUUCCGUCGAUAGUAUCAGUCGCGAAUAGCAGAUAAACCUUAUCGUUGCACGGCCGCGACCCUAAAAAAAACUCUUUGCAAAAAAUUCUCAUAUCAAUUAUCAUGGCGCGCAUAUCUUGAUGCAGCAUAUGUUUGCACGCCUUAUCAUAACGUACGAGAUUAUAUCUGGAGCGAGACGAGUCGCUAAAAAACGCGCGCUAAAAAUAUAAAUUUCGCGUUAGAAGCUUUACGUGACAACUCGAAAAACUGACAGUUUGGUUUGCCGCAAACUCUCCGACGUCCAAGAUAUGGAAAAUUUUGAAAUAAGACUGCAGCCCAUUACGAUGAUCUUGCGGAUACAAUUAGGAAUCGUGACACAGCUGAGCUACAGUGCUAUAAUGUUUAGAGAUUACUGGUAGCAAUUGGCUUUAUUAUUAGCGUUGUAAUUAUGAGUGACCAUGACGUGAAAAUAUACGUCCAUGUAAUGAA